UCUGCAAGGUCAGAGCUCACGGCAGAUUUAAUUCACCUCGGGGCUGCGUCCUUUUCCUCGCCGGGGUUUAAACCUGCUGCUUACAUUUGGUGUGAUUUUACAAAUUACCUAAGGGCGCUUUUCCGACUUCUGCCCCAGACUCGGGUCAAAUCCGCCCGGUAACAGCUCUUCCAGAUUUCCACUCUGGACUGCUCACAGUUCAACAUCUAUGGCGUGUGCUCUGCAAGUGAGGGAUGGCUUCCUCCAACAGCUCGGCCUUGCGAUGAAGGAGGGUCAUUCUCUGCCUGUGGACCUGCACUCUGAACUGCAAUCCUGCUUCACAGGAACAAAGUCCACCCCCACCGUUCCUUUCAGCCUCCUGAGAAAACUCCACAGAUUCUUACAAAAAGAAGGGUUCCCAGUGUAUCUUCAUGAACUUCUGGAGGGAGCAGAAAUAUUUACACCAGAGGUGAAGUUGCCCGUGAGGAACCCUGAGCUGGUGGCCAGACUGGAAAAGAUCAAAGCAAAGUUGGCAAAUGAGGAGUACCGACGGAUUACCAAAAAUGUCAAUUGCCAGCAGAUAAACCGACAUGGCACUCUGGGAGAUUUGGCCAGGCAAGUGCGGUCAGUCAAGGCACUGGUUGUGACCAUCUUUAACUUCAUGGUGACCGUGGGGGCUGCAUUUGCCUGUGCCUACCUGGGCAGUCAGUACAUUUUCACGGAGCCGGCUGCGUGUGUUGUCAGUGCAGUGAUUGUGGCCUCUGUGGUGGGGCUGGCAGAGCUGUACGUGCUCGUGCGGAUGAUGGAAGGAGAGCUGGGAGAGAUGUAGCAGGAGCUUCGUUGCAAGUGACCCCCCGGAUGAGGAGCUGGAAUCGAGUUUCUGUGGCUCUGAGACUUCUACCUAUAAACCUUGACUUUGUGAAUACACAGCACUGACAUCCUGCAGUUUGUAAUUCACAUGCUCCUGCACUGCCGGCAAAAGGUCAUUUGUUGUUCUACAUGUUUUUUUAUGGGCAUUUAAGGGAUAAAGAUGAAAAGAUAAAGAUGAAUUUUAUUUGUCACAUGUACAUUGAAACACAGUGAAAUGCAUCAUUUGCGUUAAAUGGAAUCACUGAGGAUUAUGUGGGGAGGAGCCUGCAUGUGUCGCUACACUUCCAGCGGCAACACACCAUGCCCACAACUCACUAAUCUUAGCCUGUACGUGUUUGGAAUGUGGGAAGAAACCCACGCUUUCAGGGGGCGAAGGUACAGUGGCGGGAAUCACACCCUGAUCGGCAAUUGCUGUAAAGUGAUUGUGCUAACUACUAUGUUACUGUGCUGCCUAUUUAAGUCAGGGUAAUUGAGUCAGUGAGUGUCUGGCCAGACAAGAUUGGAGCAAUAUUCUCUCCCACAACAAACAUUAAUAAGUAAGUUGUGACUUCUGAUGAUCUGACAAUAAGGCAUAAUUCUGCCCUCGCAUUAGGCCCAUGGAGUCUACUGCAUCAUUCCAACAUGGCUGAUUUAUUAUCCCUGUCAACCCCAUUCUCCUGCCUUCUCCCCGUAACCUUUGACUCCCUGAUUAAUCAAAAACUUAGCAACUUCUGCCUUAAAUAUUCCCAAAUGACUUGGCCUGCAUAGCUGUCGGUGGCAAUGAAUUCCACAGAUUCACCACACUCUGGCUAAAGAAACUUCUUCUUCUAAAUUCUUCUAAACUCCAGCAUUUAGACCCAGAGCGAUCAAACACCCCUCAUAUGUUAAUGCUUUCAUUCCUGGGAUAUUCUUGUGAACCUCCUCUGGACCCUCUCCAAUGCCAGCACAUUUUUUUCUUAGAGAAGGGGCCUAAAAUUGCUCACAAUACUCCAAGUGCAGUCUGAACAAUGCCUUAUAAGGCCUCAGCAUUAUGCCCUUGCUUUUGUAUUCUAAACCUCUCAAAAUGAAUGACUAAUAUUACAUUUUGUAUUCUUACCACUGACUCAACAUGCAAGUUAGCCUUUAGAGAAUCCUGCACAAGGACUCCUUUUUGCUAAAGUGCAUGACCAUGCAUUUCCCUACUUUAUAUUCCAUCUGCCACUUCUUUGCCUAUUCCCCCAAUCUGUCCAAGUCCUUCUGCAGAUAUGCUGCUUCCUCACCUUCCUUUGUAUCAUCUGCAAACUUGCACAAAGCCAUCAAUUCCUUCAUCCAAAUCACCAAUAUACAGCGUAAAAAAAAGCAGUUCCAACACGGACUGCUGCAGCACAGUAUUAGACACCGACAGUCAACCAGAAAAGUCCUGCUGAAAGGUUUCGGCCCAAAACGUUGACUGUAUUUGUUUUCUGUAAAUGCUGCCUGGCCUGCUGAGUUCCUCCAACAUUUUGUGUGUGUUGCUCAGAACAGGGCCCCUUUAAUCCCACUCUUCGCCUCCUGCCAGUCAGCCAAUCUUUUAGCCAUGCUAGUAUCUUUCCUGUAAUACCACGAGCUGUUAUCUUGUUGAGCAGUGUCACGCUCAGCACCUUGUCAAAGACCUUCCGAAAAUGCAAAUAAAACAACAUCCACUAACUUUCCUUUGUCUAUCCUGCCUAUUAUUUCCUCAAAGAAUUCCAACAAAUUUGUCAGGCAAGAUUUCCCCUUUAGAAAACUAUGCUGACUUUGGCCCAUGUUAUCAUGUACCUCCAAGUACCCUGAAACCUCAUCCUUAAUAAUAGAUUCCAACAUCUUUCCAACCACUGAAGCCAGGCUAACUGGCCUAUGAUUGUCUUUCUUCUGACUCCCUCCCUUAAAGAGUGGAGUGAAAUUUGAAAUUUUCCGCUCCUCAGGAACCAUUCCAGAACCUAGUGAUCCUUGAAAGAUCAUUACUAAUGCCUUCACAAUCUCUUCAUCUACCUCUUUCAGAACCCUCAGGUGUUGUCCAGCUGGUCCAGGUCACUUGUCUACCUUCAAGUUUUUCAGCUUUUGAAGUAUCUUCUCCUUAGCAAUAGAAACACUUCUGCCCCCUGGCACUCUCACAUUUCUGGCAUUCUGCUGGUGUCUUCAACAGUGAAGACUGGCACAAAAUACAUAAUGAAUUCCUCCAUCAUUUCUUUGUGCCCCAUUAGCACCUCGCCAUCAUUUUCCAGUGAUCUGAUUAUCCACUCUCACCUCAGUUUUACUCUUCAUUUAUCUGGAAAAAACUUUUAGAAUCCUCUUUUAUAUUAUUGGCCAGCUUCCCUUCAUAUUUCAUCUUUUCUCUUUUUAUUGCUUUUUUAGUUCCCUUCUAUUGGUUUUUAAAAACUUCCCAAUCCUCUACCUUCUCACUAUUUUUUUGCAGUAUUAUAUGCCCUCUCUUUUGCCUUUAUGUCAAUUGUGACUUUUUUUGUUAGCCAUGUUCGCCUCAUCCUCCCUUUAGAAUACUUCAUCUUUGGGAUGUAUCAUUCCUGCUCCUUCUAAAUAUCCCCCAUAAACACCAGCCUUUGCUGUUGUGCCAUCAUUCCUGCUAAUGUCCCUUUCCAAUCAACUUUCCUUUCUCAUGCCUCUCUAAUUCUCUUCACUGUCUCUAAGGGUUCCUUUAUUUUAACUUCCCGAAUCAAAUAUGGUUCGUUACACAAUAGCUGAUCAUCCCCUAGUGAGCUCAACCACAAACUGUUCUAAAAUGCGAUCAUCCUGGCUUUCUACAAGUUCCUUCUCGUGGGAUCCAGCACCAACCCAAUUUCCCAAUCUACCUGCAUGUUGAAAUCUCCCAUGACCUCGUAACAUUGCCCUUUUGACAUGCAUUUUCUAUCUCCAAUUGCAAGUUGUAGUCCACAUCCUAGCUACUGUUCAGAGGUCUGUAUAUAACUCAAGGAUCUUUUUACCCUUGCAGUUUCUUAACUCUACCCACAAAGAUUCUACAUCUUUCAUUCCUAUGUUACCUUUUUGCAAGGAUUUGAUUUCUUUUUUACCAACAGAGCCACCCCACCCCCCUUGCCUGCCUACCUACCUGUCCUUUCGAUACAAUGUGUAUCCUUGGAUGUUAAGGUCCCAACCACAACCUUCUUUCAACCACAACUUAGAGAUGCCCACAACAUCAUACCUACCAAUCUAACUGUGUCACAUGAUCAUCUAUCUUAUUCCAUAUACUGCAGGCAUUCAAAUAUAAGACCUUCAGUCCUGUAUUCGUCACUCUUCUUCAUUUUGGCCCCCUGCUGCACUUUAACUAAUCCCACUGACUGCAAUUUUGCCCUAUCAUCUGCCUAUCCUUCCUGACAGUCUCAAUACACACUGCUUCUGCUUGUAAACCACCUGCCCCAUCCUCUGCCCUAUCACUUCAGUUCCUAUCCCCUGGCCAAAUUAGCUUAAACCCUCCCCAACAGUUCUAGCAAACCUGCCUGCAAGGAUAUUGGAACCCCUCAGAUUCAGAAGUAACCUGUCCCUUUUGUACAGGUCAUAACUUCCACAGAAGAGAUCACAAUGAUCCAGAAAUCUGAAACCUUGCGCCCUGCACCAGUUCCUUAGUCAUGCGUUCAUUUGUCAAAUCAUCUUAUUCUUGCCCUCACUAGUGCAUACACAGGCAACAAUCUAGUGAUUACUACCCUGGAGGUCCUGCUUUUCAGCUUUCUCUCUAACUCCUUAAAUUAUUUCUUCAGCACCUCCUCCUUUUUGCCACCUUGUUCUCAUUUUUCAGUUGAAUUUCAUUUCACAAUUUGUAAAGUUCUGGAUCUGUUGAUCAGAUAGAGUAUCAAGUCUUUGGCAGCACUCCCAGAACAGCUCUCCAGUCUACAAUAUAACGGAGCAUGUGGAAAUGCUUUGCAGAUCAGUUAGCAUCUGUGGGGAGAGAGAGGGGAAAGUUAGUCAGAACAUUAAGACAUCUCCACGGUCUGAGCAUUC